CUGUGAGUCAUAUAGGGUCAGUCCUGGCUUGUGUUUACCCAAUCUGCUUCUUCUCCUUCGUCUUCCCGGAGCCGUGAAGGCGUUUAAAAGGGAGCAACAGGCGGGCCGAAGAAAGUCCGCGGAGACUGGAUAUUAACCCGCUGUCAAGGCUUCGGCAAAUUAAUGAGAAAGAGGGCAGCGCACAGUCUAAAUGGAGCUACUUCGGUUUUCCGCUUUUUGGUGUGGAAUGAUACUCUUUGGUAGUAGUCUGCUCGAGGAGGCGGAGGCCUCUAUAAUGAAGAUGCCAUUGCUGUGCAAGUUUUGUGAUAUACAGCCAACUAACUGCUCGGGUAAAGGGAACUGUAAGGUGGAGUGUGAUAUUACAGCUAUUUGCCCCCAAAUAGAAGACGUGUGUGUCAGUAUUUGGAGGAAGAAAGAUGGCAACGUCACCUUUGAUACAGUGUGCCACAACCCAGCUGAAAAACUGUACGGCUUAGUCUUAAAGGACUACAACAACAGCGAGUGUGAAAUGAAAGAGCUGAGUGGCAUGGGCUCGAAGUUCUUCAUCUGUUCAUGCUCUGAGGUGGAAUGCAAUGAGCACGUCUUUUUUGACCCAAGGCCCACGGAACCACAGGUGAUGGCUGUUAUCUUAGUAAGCCUGGUGCCUCUCCUGGUUAUGGCUACCGUGGUCAUCACUUUCUUCUACUUUUACCGUGUGUGCCGCCAGCGCAAUGGCCACUGCAGGCACAAGAAAGAUUCUCUGCUGGAAAUCGACCCACUCGUCAUUAUAGAAGAAGACAGCAGCUCCACGCACGCCAACAGCCUCAAUCACAACACUGAGCUGCUGCCCAUCGAGCUGGACGUGCAGGUUGGAAAAGGGCGCUUUGCAGAAGUUUACAAAGCCAAGCUGAAGCAGGGCUCCUCUGUUAGCGUGGAGCAGGGCUUUGAGACUGUAGCAAUUAAAAUUUUCUCACACGAGGAGUAUCUAUCCUGGAAGAACGAGAAGGACAUUUUCUCAGAUGCGGAUUUGAGGCAUGAGAAUGUGCUUCACUUCCUGACAGCAGAGGACAGGAAGGAGCCGAGACAGUACUGGCUGAUCACAGCUUAUCAUCCACGAGGGAAUCUCCAGGAGUACCUGACUCAUAAUAUUAUCAGCUUGCAUGACCUGUGGCUGCUCGGAGGUUCGCUAGCCCGCGGAGUGGCACACCUUCACAGCGACCGCACCCCCUGCGGUCGCUCCAAGGUGCCUAUCGCGCACAGGGACAUUAAGAGCUCCAACAUACUGGUGAAAAAUGACUUGACCUGCUGCCUGUGUGAUUUUGGCCUUGCGCUUCGGCUGGACAACUCUCUGUCUGUGGAUGAGCUGGCCAACAGUGGGCAGGUGGGCACUGCCAGGUACAUGGCCCCCGAGGUGUUGGAGUCCAGAAUCAACCUAGAAAACAUUGAGUCUUUCAAACAAGCCGAUGUUUAUUCCAUGGCUCUCGUACUGUGGGAGAUCAUCUCAAGGUGUAGUGCAGUCGGAGACGUGAAAGCAUACGAGCCACCGUUUGGAAACCUGAGAGAACACCCGUGUGUAGAGAGCAUGAAGGACAGCGUCCUCAGGGACAGAGGAAGACCUGAGAUCCCCAACAGCUGGACCAACCACUCAGGCAUCCAGAUGUUGUGUGCCUCCAUUGAGGACUGCUGGGACCACGACCCGGAGGCCCGUCUCACCGCCCAUUGUGUUGCUGAGCGCUUCAAUGGCAUGGAGUACCUGGACAAGCUGUCAGAUUGCUCUGACUCAGAGGAGAAAAUCCCUGAAGAAAUCUUUGUAGUGGAUGAAAAGUAAACGCUUAACAGAAACACUGCCCCCUGCAGGGUGACUGAGACAUUUUAUCGAGCUGCUGAGGGGAAAGGGAAUAUGAGUGGAGGCAUUUGAAAUGUAGAUGAAAGUGAACUGUUUCCAGAGGUGGGCUUACAUAUUCUGGAAUAAGUCAUAAACAAAAAGGGCGCUCACAUUAUAAAGCUUC